CCCACAAUGCUUCUUUCGUACGCGAUUUUGUUGCUGUAUGUUGAGAAUGGGAGUCUAAGGAGAUAUUUCCCGCUCAACAAUAUAUCCUUUAAGUUGCAGACGCAUCAAAUUGUGUCUUUAAAAUAACUAGCAAGCAGGGAAAUUUUCUGGGUUCUUUUUCGGCGUGAAAAACGAGGCCUUUGAGAUAUCUUGGGAGUUGUAGUUCAGUGCUUCCGCUUGUUACAGUCCUCAACUCCGUUAAUUCCUUGCACAGAGGACUCAAACUCCCAGAAUCCUGCGAGCGCACUCUUCCCCCUUCGCCGAGAGACCACAACAUGGCGGACAUUGCAUGAAGAACUUCAACAUGCAUCUCUGAGAGAGGGGCUUGGGAGAGACCAAUUUUACCCCCCUCACAACCGAACAAAUCUAAAGCUGUAUUUUCCAUCCACGUAUUUGGAAUUAUCUCUCCCUAUCCCAGAGUUGACAACAUCGCAACCUUACAGAAAAAAAUAAGUAGGCGGAGGGGGGGCUUAAUCAUUAAGAAUAACACCCCCCGAUCCAUUAAUUACUUUUCCCAGCAGUUCUGAGAAACGCCAAGUUACGCUUCGUUCCUUUCGGGUACGGGAGGCUGCCAUGGGAGUGCAAGGCUUUCAGGAGUACGUGGAAAAACGAUGCCCGGGCGCCGCAGUGCCCGUCGACCUGCUCAAGCUCGCCCGGACAGUGGCCCGUCAGCAGCAGCAGCCACCACCGCCGCCGCACCCGCACCCACCUCCGCUGGCCCCGCCGCCUCCACCACCUGCUAGAGUGCUCAUCGAUGCGGACUCCGGCUUGCAGAGGCUCUAUGGAGGCUACCAAACGGACUGGGCCUGCGGCGGCCAGUGGAAUGCCAUGCUCGGAUAUCUGGCCGCGCUGUCGCAGGCCUGCCUCUAUCAGGGGGGCCUGGAGUUGGUGGUCAUGUUCAACGGGACAUUGGGCAAGGAGCGCUGGCCCGAGUGGGCGCGCCGGGCGCAAGGGGAGCGCCAGACAGCUCAGCUCAUCGUCAACCACAUCGCCAACAAGGGCACCCCGCCACCUCGAGCUUGGUUUUUACCCCCCGCUUGUCUCAGCCACUGCAUCAGGCUGGCGAUGGUUCGAUUUCGAGUGCGGGUUGUACAGAGUUUGGAGGAUCAUCACCAGGAAGUGAUCUCUUUUUACAGGGACUAUGGUUUCCAGGGACUCAUUGCUCAUGAUUCGGAAUAUGCCCUUUGUAAUAUCCCAGCUUACUUCAGUUCACAUGCUCUCAAACUCAGCUGGAAUGGCAAGAACCUAACUACAAACCAGUAUCUCAUGGCAGAGGUGGCCAAGCAAUUGGGACUGAAACCUUCACAAUUUCCUACCUUUGCAGCACUCUUGGGUAAUCACAUCCUUCCAGAUGAAGAUCUGGCAGCAUUUCACUGGAGUCUUCUGGGGCCAGAGCAUCCUCUGGCAUCACUAAAGGUGCGUGCCCAUCAACUUGUUCUGCCCCCUUGUGAGGUGGUCAUUAAAGCUGUCUCAGAGUAUGUGGCUGCCAUUAAGGACCUUAAUAAUUUAGAAGCAAUCGCACGUGAUGUGUUUCGGCAGUCUCAGUCUAGAACUGAAGACAAGGUUGAACGCUUUAAAAAAGCAGUUGAAUAUUUCUCUGCUGCUAGCAAACCAAGACCAUUGGCCAUGGGUCCUUCACCAUUUAUCUUUUCUGGAUUUGGUCCAGGUCAAUUUGGAGGACCAGCACCACCUCAUGGUCACAUUGGAGCAUUGCAACCCGGCAAAUCUUUGUUUGUGGCCCCAAAUAUGUCUGGAAAGAUACCUUAUCAUGGAGGAUCUUUCCUAAGUGGUCCCCAUCCAAACCCAGCUCUGAUGUUCUCGCACCCAUCCUCAGCACCCGGAGGCCAUUUGCCUGUGCAGGAAUGUAAUGAUGGUUUAUCCAAGAUUCCCUUCACAGAGUGGUCUGCUCCUUAUGAUAAUACUGCUGGCCGUAUUUCUGGCUCCACAAUGGCCAACACAUCAUCUGGGAACAUGGGAAACAAGUAUCCUAAUCAUCAUUUAGCCACUAAACCAUCUCCUUCCUCGGGGCCUGCUUCAUCACCAUCAUCGUCUUCAGAUGGAGAAGACCACAAUAGUGCAGGCGUAAACCAUAUCCCAGAUAAAUCACAAUCAAAAGGAGGUUGGGAUGAUUCUGGGAGUGACCGGGGCAAAGUAGGUGGUAGUAGUGAAUGUCAUCAUGGGAAUGGCAGCCCUCAGAUCCCUUCCCUCCUCUCCAUGGCAACCCGCAAUCAUAUGGACAUCACUACGCCUCCACUGCCCGAAGUUGGUGCAGAAGUAUUACGCGUAGCAGAGCAUCGACACAGGAGGGGGCUUAUGUAUCCCUACAUUUACCAUGUUCUUACAAAGGGGGAAAUUAAGAUUGCAGUGUGCAUAGAAGAUGAGUGCAAUCCUGAUCUUCCACCUGCUGCUGCACUGUUUCGAUCAGCACGUCAAUAUGUGUAUGGUGUUCUCUUCAGUUUGGCAGAGACCCAGAGAAGAAUGGAGAGAUUGUCUCUACGAAAGAGGGUUCCACUUGAUGUUCCUCCUGUAUUCAUCAAAGAAUGGUCUGCCAGCAAGGCAAAAUCUCCACUGACACCUGAGCUGGUUCCUGCAUUGACAUUCAGGGAGUGGACCUGCCCGAAUCUUAAGAAACUUUGGUUGGGCCGUGCUGUUGAAGACAAGAACCGCCGUAUGAGAGCUUUUCUGGCCUGCCUCAAAUCUGACACACCAGGAAUGCUUAACCCCAGCAAUGUGCCAACACACUUACUUUUGAUGUGCUGUGUAUUGAGGUAA